AUGCACUCUCGACGCGGUCACCGCAGCAGGAAAAUUGAGCCGGCGUACAGACGCUCCGCCCUCAGGAACUACGACAAUGAGGCGAAACCUUUGGAUUAUUUAGACAUCCGCGGAGAUGAUGAAAAAGUCCUCAAGAUUCAGUCUAUUGACUUCAACAUCCCGGCCAAUGCAACGGCCCAUCAUACGGAUGAUUAUGAAUUGACAAUACACCGCGAAGAGAAUGGUCGUAGAUAUGCGCCUUGGCUGGUUGUCCGGCGGGGACAGCCAUUCGACAUCACACUCCUCUGCAAUCGGCCGUUCAACAAGGAGACUGACGACUUUUGUCUUGUGUUUGAACUGGGGGAUUUACCCAAAGUUAGCCGCAACACCAGCGUCCUGAUCAUCAUGAGUGACAAAGACAAGCCCGGAUGUUGGGGAGCAAAGGUCAAGGAAGUAAAGGAAGACAGUGUCACCGUAACAGUCUUUACCCCGUCGAAGUGUUUUGUAGGAAAAUGGCAAUUUGGCAUAGACUCCCUGCAGAAAGCCAACAAGGAGAGGGUGUUCCGUUACGCGGACAAGAGUCCAAUCUACAUUUUGUUUAAUGCUUGGUGCAAAGAGGACAGUGUUUACAUGGAAGAUGAGACCUUCAGGAAUGAGUUUGUCUUGAACGAUGUUGGGAAAAUGUACGCGGGAAAUCAUAAGCAAGUCUGCGCCAAGCCAUGGAAUUUCGCUCAGUUUGAAGACUUUAUCCUUGAUUGUGUGUUCUACACACUGGACCUGGUCAAGAUGCCGUAUCGCUUACGCGGGGACCCGGUAUUGAUGGUCAGAAGAAUCUCAGCUUCGGCGAAUGCCCAAGAUGACGAUGGUAUCUUGGAAGGGAACUGGAGCGGUGACUACCAUGGCGGUACCCCACCAAUCGCCUGGAGCGGCAGUGAGGCAAUUAUGUCAGAGUUCUGGCGGACACUGCACCCAGUCAAAUACGGCCAAUGCUGGGUGUUUUCAGGGAUUGUCACAACGAUGUGUCGGGCCGUAGGCAUCCCUGCCCGAUGCGUGACCAACUUCUCGUCCGCCCAUGAUACCGAUGGAAGCAUCACAAUUGAUGACUACUGGGACAUCUCGGGCAGUCCACUCUCCGACUACUGCAAUGACUCCAUCUGGAAUUUCCAUGUUUGGAACGAUGUUUGGAUGGCGCGACCUGAUCUACCGGACGGUUAUGGCGGGUGGCAGGCGAUCGACGCGACCCCACAAGAAACCAGUGAAGGUGUCUACUGCUGCGGCCCAGCCUCGGUUAAGGCCAUUAAAGAAGGUUUGCUACAGUAUCCUUACGAUGCCGGCUUUAUCUACGCUGAAGUGAAUGCGGACAGGGUGCACUGGAUAAAGCAAGCGGACGGCACUUGGAGAAAGAAUCUGGAAAAAUCUGCUAUCGGUCGGAAAAUCAGCACCAAAAUGCCAGUCGGGAAGACAGGUCCGGACAAGAAACUUCCGGACAGAGAUGACGUCACGUUGGCCUACAAAUACGCUGAAGGUUCAAAAGAAGAGAGAGAAUCCGUCAAGAAAGCCUGUAGUUCAGCCACCACUGAUGUCACAUAUGAAGAGGAUAUUGAGGAUAUGGCAUUCAACUUGGAAGAGUUGGACACCGUGCUGAUUGGUGAAGCUUUCGAUGUGAUGUUGGAGAUAGAGAACAAGUCCGACAAACAGCGGAACAUGUGUGUCACCCUCUCGGCGGCCGUCACCUUUUACACUGGACUGGAGAUGAACAGGCUUAAGAUCAUACACCAGAAGAUAGCUGUGGAGCCGAAAACAAAGGGCUCAGUCUCGAUGAAGGUGGAACCAAAUGAGUACCUGAGGCAACUGGUCGAGCUCGCCAACAUCAAGAUCAGUGUCAUGGUCAAUGUUGAGGAGACGGGCCAGUCCUAUGCCAAAAAUGAUGAUUUCAGAUUGAUCAAACCUGAUCUAGUUAUUAAUGGUCCUAAGGAAGUUGUAGUAGGGAAACAGGUCUUGUAUGACAUCUCCUUUACUAAUCCCUUGGAUGUCCCACUCACCAAAUGCCAGUACCAGUGCGAAGGCCCCGGCUUGCAGCGGGCAAAGAGGGUGAACAUUGGGAACGUUGCACCAGGUGAAAAAGCAGUUGCCUUGGUUGAUAUGACGCCUCGCCGCUGUGGCAAGAACCGCCAACUGGUAGCUGUCUUCCAUUCUGCAGAACUCGUCGACGUUAGCGGAAGCUUGGAUAUCACUGUCAAGAAGGAGUAAUCGGAGCUGUGUCAAGCUAUUCGUUCAUAGAUUAUAGAUUACAACCCUCGGGAGACAUUGCAUCCCGGCGGGGCGACAUUCGGCAUGUUAGCCUCCGUGGCGGGCAAUGUUUUAUAUCUUGGGUAACAAAACUUAUGGAUUUUAGAGUUAGCUCUAUGAGGACAGUGGAAGUGCUUCACUUUGUUUCUGGUACAAAGUGCAUAAUCUGACAAUGUCUUAUUUUUGUCAUACUUUCGAUGUCUAACAUUUUUUUAUAUCAAAAGUUAGCAUGUGACUUUAGUAUUGUUUGGAUAUCAGGUACGAAAGCUUUCACAAUGUACAUCAGGUAUGCAGCAUAUAUUUUUAUAUUCCAUAGUAUACUACUACUACGCAAAAAAUACAUGUUAUUGAAAAUGUAAAUGCGCCAAACGAACGUGUGAUAGGGUCACAUGACCGGAGGCCUACCCAUUACUCGGUAGUGAUUGGUACAAUUCUGUACACAACCCUGGAGAAUGACUGGUCAAUAAAACAGGAAGUGCCGCUUUCAGACAGGUGUGAAUGAAGAAACUGGAGAAACGUUUUGCAGAUGUUCGCUUUAUAGAUACUUCAGUAUCACUUAAAUCUUAUCUUACAAGUUUGCAAUAUAUUAAGAUCGGAUUAUGUCGUGUCCAAAAUAACACACUCAAUGAUUUUGCGUUCUAGAGAACAGUGAGAACUUUUCCCAAAUUGAGUCUUCGAGUAUCCAUGUAUGCCGUCGAUCCGUCAAAAGAUAUUUAAAGCCCUGCCAUACUCGGGCCUAUGUUUUCUUUUUCAAAUAUGAUACUGGUUAACCGGUAUUGUAGUCAAAAUACCACGCUCCUGACGAGAUAGAUGGCGCUCCUGACAUACGUUCAGUAAUGAGUGAGCACACUACAGUGCAUGGUUGGGAGUAAAGGAGCUUUUUAUGAUUUUGAGAGAGGAGUGCCAUUUAUUUGAAAGGCCAUGUGGCUUUAAAAUAGAGGUAUUGUCCGUCUCACCAAACACCAGGAGUGUGGAGCUAAAUGUGGGCUGUUUAAAAAAAAUAUAAACU